AUGGGUGUUGAGCUUCGAUUUCCAAAUUCCGUCACCAAUCCCACUGCAGCCUUUGGGCUUGCAAAUUUGCCUGACGGCUGUGCUCGCACUCGUGGGGCUCUAACACCUCUUGAGCAAUCGUCUCGCUAUUCCUUACUUUCCGAUGGUAGCCUGAAUCCUCUUAAACGUCGGGUUAUGGGUCCUGAUAUGGUGCAUACCCGUGAUGCCGCUUUUUCCAUGUUUCAGGAUGUGGUAUGUCUCUCUAGUGAGUUUACCUAUUCAUUCGCUAACCUUGUAAAAUUCGUUAAUAGUUUGUCCCAUUUUUUCACACAUUCGUAA